UUGUGUGGCAAUGCCAUGGUUUGUGCUGAAUCAGACGAGGAACAGUGUGGAUAAAGAUGGAGGCAUGCCGGCCUCCGCAGGUCCACAAGCAAAUAAAUGCACUUCCGCUGCUGCCCUUGGCGUCGAAACGAAGCGCAUAUUUAUCGAGACGUCGCUUGCGCAAAUCCAUCCACGUCUCCAGUCCUUAACCCUUCUUUCUUCUUCUUCUUCUUCUUCUUGUUUCCUCGGUGUAUAUAAAGAGAGAGAGGUUCCUGCCUCGACAACCAGCACAAGAUUAAUUAGGGGAAGGCUGCUUGACGAUCUUCUCAUGUCUACCUCGACCCAGGACUUGGACAACAUCUUCCAUACCUUCGACAUGGGUUCUCUGAGAACUCACCUCCCCAUAAAAAGGAAAGGGUUGUCGAAAUAUUUCUCCGGCCAAUCGAAGUCUUUUAAGUGCCUGGCGGAUGCAAAGUGCGUCGAGGAUCUUAAGAAGACGGACGUGCCGGAGAGAAAGCGGCGGAAGUAUUUGGACCGCCGGGCAGCAGCGUCCAAUAACGCACUACUCUUCUCCUGUAGCAGUUAGAUGUGUUAUAUUGUUCUUGCCACAGGUCUCCCUCCAUAGGUGCGCGGUCUCUCUACCUGCUGCGGCACCCUCGAUCCAAUAUAUAUAUAUAUAUAUAUUGAAAGAUUGCAUUAUAACCUCUAGACUCAGUAUUAUAGAGCAAUUUUUAAGGUGAUAAUAUUUAUUCUUUUUCAUAAUU